AUGAGUUUAGCAGAGGACCUUGACUAUAGCCUUUUCAAUGACUACAUAAACGGCUUCAUGGUAUCUAAGGUUAUGUUCACUGCCUGUGAAUUAGGAGUGUUCGACCUCUUGGAAUCUGAAGAGUUCCUCACCUUUGAUGUCAUUGCUGAACGCUUGGGCACCAGUUUCCGUGGAAUGGAGCAAUUACUUGAUGUCUGUGUGACUUUGAAGCUCCUAAAGGUGGAAAUGAAGGGAGGAAAAGCUUUAUAUCAAAAUGCAGAACUUGCCACCUUGUAUCUCACCAAGUCUGGCACUAAAUCCCAAUACAAUAUGUUACUUUACAUGUCCAAAACUACUUACUCAUGCUGGAAUCACUUAACUGAAGCAAUAAGGGAAGGAAAAAAUCAAUAUAUGAGGACAUUUGGUAUUCCAUCAGAUGAUCUCUUUGAAGCUAUCUACCGGUCAGAAGAAGAACUGGUAAAAUUCAUGCGUGGCUUACAUGAGAUUUGGAGUAUUAAUGGCAGAGAUGUGAUUACUGCAUUUGACCUUUCCCCUUUCACUCUCAUUUAUGAUCUUGGUGGGGAUUUUUUCAGAGAUCCUAUUCCUGAAGCUGAUCUGUAUAUUUUGGCUCGGAUCCUCCAUGACUGGGAAGAUAAUAAGUGUGUACAACUGCUAAGGAACAUCUACCAAGCCUGUAAACCAGGUUGUGGUGUUUUAGUGGUUGAAACCCUUUUGGCUGAAGAUAAGAGGGGACCUUUGACAAGUCAGCUCUAUUCUAUGAACAUGCUGGUACAGACUGAAGGAAAGGAGAGAACUCCAACAGAAUACCACAAGCUCUUCACUCAGGCUGGUUUCCAAGAUUUUCAAUUCAAGAAAACUGGAAAAAUCUAUGAUGCUAUUUUAGCUAGGAAAUAA